AUGGCUCAGCUCACGCAUUCCCUGGUAGCGAUACGCAGACCGACAGGCCUCAAGAGACACAGAUGGAUGGCAGGCGUGGGCUGUACGAGCGGCAUCCGACACCAUUGUAGCUGUGGCAAAUCUCACUCGCCAGCCCGACAUUUUGAUCUGUGUCUGUUAUUCCCACGGCACAGGUUCGGAUCCAGCCGCUUCAAUACCGUCUUUCUGCUGCUGUUCCGGUUGUUCUACCACGCAUCAUCGUUCGAGGUCGCGAGUAUCGGGCAUGCGUCAAAACUGUACCUCCCGGCGCCGGUGCCGCUGUUACAGGAGUCCAUCAUAAAGGCGGGUGCAUCCGAAGGGGUGAGCAGUGAAGGCGUCAUGGUUGGUUCUGCCAACAGAGGUCUCCCCGGCAUUUUCAAGAACUUCAAACGCUUCUCGACGCGGGAAUGGCUGGCAACAAUGCUGGAGAAUCCCGACCAGUUCAAGAACCUCAAAGUCAACUCGAUCACAUGGAUCAAAGCCCUGGCAUCGCCGUUCUCUCACGAGUUCACUCAGUUCAUCGUCGAGGAUUCUGUAAGUGGCCAGAAGACAAGGAUCGCCGCUGGACGAGAAGAAAACGGCGACUGGGUCCUGGUGGGUUGGGACUGGGCAUCUGGCGACACGCCAUCCGACCACUACAACCUGCCACUGCCACUUCUAUCGGUAACAUUCGACGAUCCGAGCACAAAGCCAGACCUAGGCACGUUAGCUCAUGUGCUCGCAUCCACGACAGAGAAGCACCCGGCAUACAAGUUCAGGAGGGAGAUGUGCUGGUGGUACGCGGAAACCGUGUUGGAGGUCAUGCACGAGCAGUUUGGCGGCAAGGUCAAGGAGUGGGAGUGGUCCAGAUAUCGGUACUCGUUUAUCGUCAAGACGAGUUUUAUCCGGAGAAAGGUGCUCACGAAGCAUGCCGAGCUGUUUAGGAGACAGCUGGCGGAAGAGAUGAGCUAUUAG